AUGCUGAGGCGCUGUCGGGUGAAGUCAUGGACGUCGCUGUUGCUGUUUGUUGUCUCUCGCCUGUGGUCAGCUGUAGCUUGUCCCCAGCGCUGCAACUGCCUCGAACUUCAGGUGCUGUGCCAAGAGGCCGGCUACCGGGAGCUGCCUUCGCCCGUGCCCCGCGCGGCCGUGGCGCUGCUGCUGACCAGCAACCAGCUCGAGCGCCUCGCGACGGACAGCUUCCUCGGCCUGGUGCGGCUGCGCAAGCUUAUCCUGGACAACAACCGCAUCCAGGCGCUGGCGCCGUUCACUUUCCGAGGGCUCAGCGGACUCGACGAGCUCAGCCUGCAGAACAACCCGCUCACUGUGCUCUCGCAACAGUCUCUGUCCGGCCUGAGCCGGGUGCGAAUGCUUCAGCUCGGCUUCAACCGCAUCGCCCGCGUCGAGCCGUUCGCCUUCGCCGGAAGCAGCGACCUGAGCAGCAUCUCACUCGAGGGCAACCCGCUCGAACUGCUGCGAUCGCGGGCAUUCGCCAACCUCAGCCGGAUCGGCUCCAUUAGACUACCUCGGAGUCUCGCCGCCAUGGAGCUCUGACGUGUCUGUCCUCAGCCUGACGCCUUCGCGGGUCUCCGGAACGUGAGCCUGGUGUCCAUCGAGGCCCCUCGCCUGAAGCGUCUUCCUCAGUUCGCCUUUCGCGGUCUCGAGCACGCGGGCGAGCUGCUCAUCCGGGACGCCGAGAUCGGCCUCAUAGACUCUGGCGCCUUCGCCGGCCUCAGCCACGUUCGCCGGGUCACGCUAGAGGGCUCCACCGUGGAGGCGGUGCGCGCGGCCGCGUUCGCCGGCAUGCGAGCUGUAGGCCAGCUCAGGAUCGGCGGCAACCGACUCGGGAGCGUGCUUCCCGGAGCCCUCGACGCGCUGGACCAGGCGUCCGUGAGUCACGUGCUGCUUUCGGGCAACUGGCUUCCCUGCGACUGCCGGCUCCGCUGGGCUCCCGAGUCCCUGCGCAGGCGUGGGUUCUGCUCGUCGCCCGCGCACUUGCUCAACGCGUCGGCGGCCCAGGUGGCGCUGGACACUCUGCCGCGCUGCCUACCCGAGCACUUCGUGCCUCACACGAGGCCCGACGCUCCUCCGCUCUCGGGCCGUCAGCAGACCAGCGGCGCUGCAACGCACAGAAUACUCGCCGCACACAUGACCGCAGUGGCACCGCUGCUACUGCUUGCUAGCGGAGCCUGGUUGCAGCACCUCGUCUUCGAAACUUCGUGCCUCCCGGAUUGGUAUCUCUGA